GUCAGUCCUUUAGUUACUAUGUUUUGUGGUUAUAUUGUUUAAUAAUUAUUGUGCUUUUUUCUUUUUCCUUUUAUUUGCCUGGAACUAUUAUGAACUGAAUAGAUUAAAAAAGAGACCAGUAUGUGUUCAAGGUGAUUGUUUAUGGCUUUACAGUUGUUCCUGUAAUCGUGUGAUGGAGGAAUAUAUUUCCCCACUUGAUAAAAACAUAGAUGGUGAUAUGGCAGUUUAGUGAGGUAUUACCCAUGGAUAUUCCGUGUUGUUGUAAAAUCACCAAUACUAUAUGUGAUGGCUCACGAUAUUUUGAAGUUAACACUGAUGAAGUGGACUGGACUACGGCAAAUGCUAGCUGCGAAGAGCGUGGUGGAAAACUGGCAAAGCUAGACACAGAGACAUCAAAUACAUAUGUUGCGAACUACAUAAAGUACAAUAAUCUAGAUGACGAGGUCAGAGGUGGCUUCUGGAUUGGGUUGAACGAUAUUGACAAUGAAGGGACGUUUAGUUGGUUGGACGGGUGGUGA